AUGAACUCCCUCGUCAGCAUCCUCGCGGCCAACAAGCCCAAGUCUCUGCUCGGCGAUGAGUAUGACGACGUGACCUCCAGCUCGGAUUCCGACUCCGACAAUGAGACUCAGCUUGCCCAAUCCAGCACCGGUGCUACGGCACUGGUGCCCCAUGCGGCGGGGGCCCGCGCGUCCGGCGGCCCGGCCAAGGGCAACGAGCUGACCGCCAUCGAUGAGCAAGGGCGUCGUGACUACGGAGCUCUGGUUCGCGGGUCACAGAACAAUGUCCAUCGCUAUCAGGACCUCCUGCCGAAGGACAUCGACCCGUCGGACCCGUCCUUCAACCGGCCCGACGAGGAAACCGAGCAGAGCACCAUCGAGGCCACCCGCGAGGCCCUCAACAAGCAGCUGGCCAAUCGCAUGAAGGCCGCCAACCCCACGCGCAACAUCCUCAAGGAGACCUCGGCCCCGACGAUGAUCCACUACACCCCCCAGAACGAAACCAAAGAGCGCGUCGUCAUGAUGAUCCAGCGCAAGCAGGACCCCCUCGAGCCGCCGAAGUUCCGCGCGCGCAAGCUCCCGGUCGGCCCUUCGGAGCCGACGGCCCCGGUCAUGCGGUCCCCCCCGCGUGCCCUUUCCGCCAAGGAGCAGGCCGCCUGGUAUAUCCCCCCCUCGAUUUCCAAUUACAAGAACGCCAAGGGACAUGUGGUCCCACUUGACAAGCGCGUGGCCGCCGAUGGAAAGGCCCUGCAGGAGACCACUCGCGCUAUGACCGAGGAGGAGCGCCAGCGCGACGCCGCCCGCCGCGACCUGGCAUACGACGUCCGCCGGGAGAUGCGCAUGUCGGCCACCGGGCGCACGCGCGAGCGCGACACCUCCGAAGACGUGGCCCUUGGCCAGGCCCGGCCGACCGGUCGCACGGAUGGCGACAUGCUGGUCGACCAGCGGGUCUAUGCUCGGGCCCAGGCCCUCGAUGGGGCCGGCAGUGGUCGUUGGAAUGACGAGGACGCCUACAAUGUCUACACCGAUCCCCUUUACUCGACCGCCAGCCGCGGGGUGUAUGUCCCGACUGACGAUGGCAGCGGGGCCGGCGCCCGGCGCGGCCCGGUGGAGUUCGAGCGUGACACCGCCCCGCACAUGCCCACCACCGAGGCGGAUGACACCGGCCGGCCGGCCCGUGGCGGCCCCGGCACCGGUGCCCCGGCGGACGAUGACCGGUCGCACUAUCGCGAUGAUCGGCGCGACUUCCGCGACCGGAGCCCCGGUCGUGACCACGACCGUGACCGGCGCAUGCCCCCCCCCUCCCGCGGCGGACGCCAUGACGAUGAGGAUGACGAUGUCUUCGGUGUGGAUGCCCUCAUGGACUCGGCCCGGCAUUCGCGCUCGGCCCGCCGGCCGCGCGAGGACAGCCGGGAACGCGGCUACGACCGGUCGUCGCGCGACCGGGACCGCGAGCGCGACCGCGACUACGAUCGUCGCCGUUGA